AUGAAGCUCCAAGUCCUUGUCUCGUCCCUCGUCAGUCCUUUGGUCACUGCCUUGACCAUCGCCGAGAUCAAUGGCGAUCGAUUCCUUUCGCCUUACCAGGGAAAGAAUGUCACUGGUGUAGAAGGUCUUGUUACAGCCAUCGGCAGCAGUGGCUUUUACUUGCAAUCAACGAAGCCUGAUCGCAAUUCUGCUACCUCUGAGGGACUGUACAUCUUUGGAAAGUCGUCUGUUGGUGAUGUCUCUGUAGGAGAUGUUAUUACUGUCGAUGGUUUCAUUGAGGAGUACAGAUCAAACAAGGACUACAUCUACCUCACGGAGCUUUCAUCUCCCAAGAACAUUGUUGUCAAGUCCUCUGACAACAAGCUUAAGCCCAAGGUCAUCGGCAAGGAUACUUACAAUCCUCCAGGAAAGGACUUCACCAAGCUUGAUGAGGGCAAUGUCUUUGCCGUGCCCAACAACCAGACCCUUGUCUCAGUGGACAACCCCAAGCUGAAGCCUAAGUCGUUCGGUCUCGAUUUCUGGGAGAGUCUUUCUGGCGAGCUCGUUACUGUCUCCAAGGGUUAUGCUCUUAGCCGACCUAACAACUUUGGCGACUUCUGGGUUAGAGGUGACUGGAAGGUUUCUGGAUUAAACAAGCAGGGUGGCUUGACUAUGGUUGGCAGCGAUGCUAACCCCGAGGCUAUCGUUAUUGGCUCACCUCUGGACGGUACCAAGAACCCCGACGACAUCAAGCUCGCUGAUUCUGUUGGUGACAUCACUGGUGUUGUGACAUACGCCUUUGGUUUCUACCGAAUUCUUCCUCUGACUGCCGUCAAGGUCGGCAAGCGCUCCAACCCUGAGCACCCUGCUGUCAGCUUCACCAGCAAGGGAUCCUGCAAGGGUAUCACAGUUGCCGACUACAACACCGAGAACUUGAACCCCAAGUCUGAGCACUUGCCUCUCGUUGUUGAGCAAAUCGUCGAGAAGCUCCGCACUCCCGACCUGAUCUUCCUCCAGGAGGUUCAGGAUAACAGCGGUGCUUCCAACGAUGGUGUUGUCUCUGCUAACCAGACUCUCGCUGCCCUUGCCGAUGGUAUUGAGGCUUCCAGCGGUGUAAUUUACGAGUGGGCUGAGGUUGUGCCCGACAACAACGUUGAUGGUGGUCAGCCCGGCGGCAACAUUCGUCAGGCCUACCUCUACCGUCCUGACGCUGUUGAGCUCGUCAACCCUAACGAAGGCAAGGCCGGUGAUGUCAACGCUGUCCUCGAUGGCCCUUCAUUGAAGUUCAACCCCGGCCGUAUUGACCCUGCCAACAGUGUCUGGGACAACAGUCGCAAGCCCCUUGUUGCUCAGUGGAAGCCUGUCAAGGGCACCAAGAAGUCCUUCUUCACUGUGAACGUUCACUUCGGCAGCAAGGGUGGUUCAUCUUCUCUGCACGGUGACGCUCGUACUCCCGUGAACAAGGGCGUUGAGAAGCGCACCAAGCAGUCUGAAGUCACUGCUGAUUUCGUCGCUGAGAUCCUCAAGAAGGACCGCAAGGCUCACGUUAUCGUGGCUGGUGACUUCAACGAGUUCGCCGAUGUCGCACCUAUCCAGGCUUUCAUCGAGACCUCUGGUCUCGUUGACAUUGACGACGCGGCCAAGAUCCCCAUGACAGAGCGAUACACAUACUUGUUUGACAGCAACUGCCAGGCUCUUGACCACAUGUUCAUCAGCAAGGAGUUGCGCAAGGGCAUCAAGUACGAGCACAUGCACAUCAACACCUGGCAGGACAAGGCGGGCGAGGUCAGCGACCACGACCCCAGCGUUGCCUUGUUCGAUCUGUGCUAG